GCAAAGAAAGAAAAGAGUGAUUGGUGUUAGUUGGAGAGAGUCUUUGGCAGCCUGGUGGAACCGAAAGAAGAAACGGUCGUUUGGACCAAAGCAAGUGAGAAUACAAUAACACAACAACGCAACCAUGAAAAAGAAAAGAACCAUGAACAAACAAACGCGCAUUACUCGCUAUAGCCGCAAGACCAAGCACACAACAGAAACCACUUCUUUUUAAUACCAUUCUUUCCCCUCUAUCUUUUUCAUUUUCAACUCCUUCCUAUUUAACUACCUAACUCUCCUUAGACUUUAGCCUUUUCUCUUCGCUCCCAAAGUGCAGAGUGCAGCAGUCACAUCCCAGGAUCAUUAUGAGUUGUGGCUGCUUUGGAGCCUCAACUCUCAAGAAGAAAAGCAAUCCUUCUCAUACUGCUAAUGAGAUUGAUGGCUUUCCGCUUGAUAAUGUUAAGAAUUUUUCUGAUAAAGACCUGAGACUGGCCACUGAUAACUAUCAUCCAAGCAAAAAGCUAGGACGAGGAGGUUUUGGAACUGUUUACCAGGGAACCUUAAAAAAUGGAAGACAAGUAGCAGUGAAGACACUUUCUGCUGGGUCAAAGCAGGGAGUUCGUGAAUUUUUAUCUGAAAUUAAAACUAUAUCAAAUGUUAAACAUCCAAACCUUGUUGAAUUGGUUGGUUGCUGCGUUCAAGAAACUAAUCGCAUAUUAGUGUAUGAAUAUGUGGAAAAUAACAGCCUUGAUCGUGCAUUACUUGGUGCAAGAGGUUCGAAUAUCAGAUUAGACUGGAGAAAAAGAUCUGAUAUUUGCAUGGGCACUGCUAGAGGUCUUGCAUUUCUUCAUGAAGAACUUGUGCCACACAUUGUGCAUAGAGAUAUAAAGGCAAGCAACAUACUACUUGACAAACAUUUCAAGCCAAAAAUAGGAGAUUUCGGAUUGGCUAAAUUAUUUCCAGAUGACAUCACUCAUAUUAGCACAAGGAUUGCUGGAACAACUGGUUACUUAGCACCAGAAUAUGCAAUGGGUGGGCAGUUAACCCUGAAGGCUGAUGUAUAUAGUUUUGGUGUUCUUAUUCUUGAAAUAAUCAGUGGCAAAAGCAGUGCAAGGACAAACUGGGGAGGGUCCAACAAAUUCCUCUUGGAAUGGGCCUGGCAACUAUAUGAAAAUGGGAAACUAUUGGAACUUGUGGAUCCAGACAUGGUUGAAUUCCCUGAGGAAGAGGUAGUUAGAUACAUGAAGGUUGCUUUUUUCUGCACACAAGCUGCAGCAAGUAGAAGGCCAAUGAUGUCUCAAGUUGUGAAUAUGCUGUCCAAGAACACGAGGCUGAAUGAAAAGGAACUAAGUGCACCAGGAUUUUUCCAGGAUUCAGGAACAUCUUCUCAGAAGAAGUCAUCCUUUGAAUCCACCAGCUAUCAGUUUAGCUCUAACCCUUCCAGUAUUACGCAGUUGGCCCCACGUUGAACCGUAAACUAAACGUCUGAUGUGUGAAUUGCUGCAUAGUUAAAAAAUAGUAGGAAAGAAAGUGAGAGAGAAAGAGAACAAAGAGGGAUUGUCUUUUUUUAUUUUACAUUUUUCUCUUUUUUGUAUAUUAUUUUUUAUAAAUGUAUUUUAAUUUAUAAGGUGGG